UUUCACACAACAAAGCCACAGCCGAUCCAACACAAGAUCCUGUGGGUGCGGGGACAUGGAGGAAUGCCGGGGAACGAAGAGACGGACAGAGUGGUUGAACGGUAUACAAUCCGUGUACGCGAAGAAUCCAAACUGGAUAGUCCACCGUCUGUUCCCACUGUCUACUCGGAUUUAUUGGCAGACUACUGCAGUGGAACCAGGAUACGAUAUCCUCCCUCACAUAAAUCACUCACGACGGCGGAAGUCAAUGAUUCGAGACAGCUCAAGACAGGAACCUUGCCCAACAUAAAUAUACCCAGUAUAACGUCUACCCCACCAGAUGCGCAGCUAAAGACCAUAUAUCAGAUCACAUGGGAAUGCCAACAUAUGACAGCAGUCCCCAAAAUCAUAAAUCCAAGUGACGAGCAAUGGCAGACACCGUUGGCCGCCGACCGCUGCUAGGACCAAAUCGGACUCGGGCGAAACUGCCAGAUUUUUUUUUUUUACUCGGCAACCACAACAGUAAUCUCGAUGCGGGUUGUUGCAUUUCAAGGAAAAAAGCAAUAUCAAGUGCAGCAAUUACAUUUCUUACUCCGCCAGUGUUCUUAUAAUAAUGCUCGAUAUGUUCAAUAUACAAGAAAGCCAAGGGACAUCUUUACAACUCCGUAAUUCAGCAAUGAAAAACAAUCUUACUAAUCCCUAAAGUACACCUAAUAACACGCCUAGAGCAGAUAAACGUGAUCUAUGACACUUCUUUCUGAAACACACCACUAUUUUUAUUAUGACUUUCGCAAGACACUUGUAAACAUUGUAGCAAUAUUACGUAGACUAUGAUUUCAUAUAUGCCGUUUUGCCACUUUAUCUUCUCUAAGACAUUCACUUGAUAGAAAUUUGUUGUCUGUUUUUGCUGGCGAAUUAAAUAUGUGCAAAUAUUGGCUGUGUAUUUUUUUUUUUGGACUUAACCGUUCUUAUCAGUCAUAAUUAGAAAUAUGCACAGCCAUAAUUUGAUAUUGUGCUCCCCGAACUAGAUAGCCUGUAAGUUUAUCUAUUAAAUACAGCACAUUUUGCCCAAAUCUGUACAGCGGUUGUCUCAUAAAUGUAUUUCAGCGUUUUACAUGCCUUUCAAUACGGAAAUCCGAAUAGUCAACAUGCGCGCCAUUGUGUCGCCCCCGCCCCCCCCCCCAACACGUUUAUUUGUUUUUUUUUUUUUUUGGUGGCUGCGGGUCUUACACACUCUUCUUUCAGCUAAUUUCACUCACCGCUAGAGCUCGCGAGUGGGCCAAAAUAGAGCUUAUUAGCAAAGCGCGAUAUCUCGCUAAACAAGUUUAAGAAAUUGAAGAGAGGAAAAAGAAGAACGACACGGAGGCCACGCCCUCGCGCGCUGGCACGCGAGGACCACGCGACAAAGGAGAAUCUCUCUCGUGCUUUCGAACACGGAGCUAAUCGUGGCGGACGCACUUAGAACCAUCGCAGAAAGGAACGGAAUCGUCCUACCACCUGUCAUGGGGAUCGGUGUACCUAGCGGUAUCGAAAUUCACCGUCUUCGCCAAGGCUGCCUGUCAAACAUCUCCGAAGAGACGCCAUCCCGCAAGACGCCUUCCUCGAUUUCACUCGCCGCACUUCCAGAUGGGGCCAAGGAUGACGUGUCCUACGCGUUCAGUAACUUGGCCACCGAGGACGUCCUCCCAGAUAAUCGGGACCUCAAGCAGUGGUACACGGUCGAAGAACGCACUUGCGGCAGCCACGCAAGACAUCCCAGGAGGCUGUUCCCGAUGGCCGAGUGGUACCCGCUCGUUGGUAUGGGCGUCAAGGACACCGUGGCUCAGUGCAACACCAUACAAGUACCAUGGACCUCGCGAGGAGCCUGGCACCAGACGGUGGAAGCCUCGAGGUUCACCGUGCGCCUACUGAUGCAGAGUGCGCGAGACCCGAGUACGCGUGGAUCGGAAGCGGCCGCGACCACGAGUGGCCGGUUCGUCGAGUGCGACCACGUGCCUUCUGGCGAGUGCAGCCUCGACGUCUCGGGCUGCAGGCGACGCAUCCACCCGCGUGACACGCUGCCCUGCGCGUUGACGGUGCUAAACGCCAUCAAGGCUGACAGCAACGGCGACACGUACGGCGUGGCUGUACCAAGCAGCCGCAUUUGGAGGCUACACGCGAGAUUUGCCCUGUACCUUCAGGUUCUCCGCGAACAGAGUAGACGGCAGUACGGCAACCCCGACAGGAGUCGCCCGUCGUCGCCUGCAUCUCCGCACGUGUGGCUGCCGUGUGCUCGGCUGCACUUUCUCACAGCUGCAGCGUUACAACACCACCAGGCUCUGCAGGCGGCGUUACCGUCACCUCGGCUGUGCUUAUGCAAGCUGAGUAGCUGA